AUGAAUAAAUCAGAUGAAAUUCAAAUGACUUCGGAAAUGAAAAUACCGACGGAUUAUAAUACUACUACUACUACUACCAGUAAUAAUAUUCAUAUCAUGAACAUGAAUAAUACAUCAUCACAACAUGAACCUGUGUUAGAUUUAUCGCAUGGAUCCAAUACAAAUGAACAGCUAUUUCAACAAUUCAACAUUCAAGAUUCACAAUUGUUUUACGAAAUGGGGAAAUACAAUACCACGUAUCCACAUAACAUGUUAAACACUAAUCAUAUCCCAGGAGAAGAACAAAUAUCUCAGAGUCAUUCACCGAUGCAUAUGAACCAUUUUUGUAGUAGUGAUAAUAUUUCAUCGAAUCAUACUACUGGAUAUUAUGUUCCAAAUAUACCCACGCCUGAACAGUUGUUAGCAAGAGAUCAAGAGAAACAGUAUGAUCUAAACGGUCAAAUAAACUUUCUAAAUUUGUUUCGUCAGACAUGGUAUAUUUAUCAACAAUAUUUGACACAGUCGAACAAUUCCCUUCAGACAGUUUAUCCUUGCUGGACAGAUGAUUACCAGUACUUUGUAAAUAACAACCUGUCAGCAAUGGCUUUUAAUCAACUUUCAAGUGUAUCAGCGCCGAAUCGAAAUGAUGCACAACGUCAUCAUAUGGAAAGCACAAUACCUUCUGAGUGUUCUUCAAUGCAGACGCUAUUCAGCUCAAUGUUUGAGACAAUAGACAAUAAUCGACAGAAGGUUACACCAGUUGGAAAGUAUUCUGAAAAUGAUGUUAAUGAUAUUAAAAAUAUUCAAAGUAAUCAUGAUGAUUCUAAAUCCCCUGAAGAUAGACCCCGACAGUAUCGUAAAGCAAGAGCUUAUUUUCAUCCUAAGCAAAUGAGUUGUCUGGAAUCAUUCUUUCAAAAGAGUCCAUAUUUAUCCACGAGAGAUAGGGAAUAUUUAUCAAGGAAGUUAAAUCUUUCCGAAGAUCGGAUUCGAACAUGGUUUCAAAAUAGACGCAUGAGAGAAAAACGCAAACCUGGUACACAGUGUGAUUCUGAUAGCUCUUCAAUGAAUUCAUGUUUAAAAGUGGAUUAUUCAUAA